AUGCGGGUAUGGACAGACAUUGGCGAUGUUCACAUUAAGAACAUACGAAUGGACAAACAAGAUACAAAGGGAGACAAAAGCACGGGACAUGAAACGUGUUCAUAUGUCUACAUGACCAAGCAGGCGUUGUCAGCCGCAGCACUAUCAGCGUCCGACGGCGGGGCGGCGUCUGCCGCACUCGAGGCGGGGGCACCAGAGAAGCGCCUUGAUUUGCGACUGCUGGCACUGCUGCGCAUGCGAAAGUUGCGCUUCAUUGUUGAUGAUCGCCGCUCGUUGCCCGGCGGUUCCGAGCCCCGACGGUUGUUGGUCAAAGCCUCCAACUCGGUCGUGAGACGCUGCAGCCAGAAGUGCACGGUGCCAAUACGGUCAUGA